AUGGCACUGCCUCCCAGUCCCCUGGCCAUGGAAUAUGUCAAUGACUUUGACUUGAUGAAGUUUGAGGUAAAGCGGGAACCCUUGGAGGGGCGAUCUGGCCCCCCGACAGCCUCACUGGGCUCCACACCCUACAGCUCAGUGCCUCCAUCACCCACCUUCAGUGAGCCGGGCACGGUGGGGGCCACCGAGGGCACCCGGCCAGGCCUGGAGGAGCUGUACUGGCUGGCCACCCUGCAACAGCAGUUGGGGGCUGGGGAGGUGCUGGGUCUGAGUCCUGAGGAGGCCGCGGAGCUGCUGCAGGGUCAGGGCCCAGUCCCUGUUGAAGGGCCCCACACCUACUACCCAGGGAGCCCAGAGGAGACCGGAACCCAGCAUGCCCAGCUGGCCGAGCGGUUUUCGGACGCGGCGCUGGUGUCGAUGUCUGUGCGGGAGCUAAACCGGCAGCUGCGGGGCUGCGGGCGCGACGAGGCGCUGCGGCUGAAGCAGAGGCGCCGCACGCUGAAGAACCGCGGGUACGCGCAGGCCUGUCGCUCCAAGCGGCUACAACAGCGGCGCGGUCUGGAGGCCGAGCGCGCCCGCCUGGCCGCCCAGCUGGACGCGCUGCGGGCCGAGGUGGCCCGCCUGGCCAGGGAGCGCGACCUCUACAAGGCUCGCUGUGACCGGCUGGCCCCGAGCGGCCCAGCCGGAGGCCACGCCCACUUCUUCCUCUGA